GAGGACGGAGCACAGACAGAGUAGAGGCGCAGUGUGAGGAGGACAGAAGCCAAGAAGGAGUACGACAGAGUGGGUGAAGUGUCUGUGGACUUUCCACCACCAAGAUGUCUAAAUUAUUAAAGUCAAAGGACACCAAGGGGUCCAGCAGGAUGAGCAAGGCUCAGGCCAGCAGUAUGACCAUCCUGCUCGCUAAGAUGCAGGCGGAUGCUGACCAGGUGGAGAAAGACGUCCUCUGGUCUGAAGAAAAGCUGAAAGUGGACCAAGAAAAUGACAAGAAUGAUCGCGAAUUUCAGUAUCAGGAUCAGAUCAAUGCUAAACUGGGUGACGCAGAAGGCCUUCUUAGGGACCUCUUCCUCGACAUUGACAAACUCAAGAAGCUCAAGCAUCCUCAAGCUGCAGAUAUUGAGAAAGACAUCAUUGCUCUUCAUACCCGAUGGUCAGACGACACAUCUGUUUAUGUGAAUCUCUAUGAGCAAAUUGAUGACGUGCAACGGAUGCCAAGAAUUGACUGGGCACCUGUUUUUAACCAGAAGCAAAAAGCGUUAAGCAAAGAUGUAUACGGCAACACCACGGCGGACCUGGAGAAGCAGAUUGCUGCACAAAACAUCCUGGAAAAGGAGCUGGAAGCUUACAGCUCUCAACUCUGUGUGGCGUCUGCUGGAAGCAAGGAAAAACAUUCAGAAUUCAAGAAGCAGUAUAACAGCAUGCUGGAAAAAUCCAAAUUGCGCCGCCAACACCUGAACAGUCUCUACGAUUACACGCAAGGCUGCGACAAAGAGCUGCAAUUCCUGAGUGAAGAGCAGGACAAGAUCAAGAAGCAGGACUGGAGCGACCACAUGGUGGAUCCGCCCGACGUCCGCAGGCAGUAUGAGCAUUUCAAGAACAACAGCCUUUUGGCCCAUGAGAGCAAAGUGAAUGAUCUGCAGGACGACUGUGAGAGGCUCCUGGAACUGAAACAUCCAGCCAGCAACACAAUAGAGGCCCAAAGAGAUGCUGUAAGAAAUGAGUGGCAGAAAUUCCUGAAUCUCUGCAUUUGCAAAGAAACACAUCUGGACAAUAUGGAGGAAUACACAAAGUAUCAAAUGGACUGUGAUCAGCUGUCAGAGACACUGAGCCAACUCAGCAGCUCCGUUGAUCCAAAGUCUGUCUCUAAGAAAAGUAACGCAGAGACUCUGAUGCAGCUGCAGGUAAGGCAAUUAAAACAAGCAAAUGCAUCUCUCAACCUGGAGAAUCAAAUCAAGAAGGUGGACGGUCUUGUCUCUGGAUUUGAGAGGAACCUGAGCGUAGAUGGUCCAAUUCCAGACCUACCAAAUGCAAUUCAGGCCCGAACCCAGGACAUUCAGAGUCAGCAGAGGUCUGUGGCAGCGGCCCAGAAGGACAUGAUGAAACUGGAGCAGGAUCUGCAGACGACUGAGAAGCUGUGCAACACCCUGCAGCAAGACUACCAGGAGUACUGCCCCGACAUCCAACGCCAGAGGAAGGACGUCAAGCAGCUGCAGAGUCGCUAUGCAAAUGUUGCCAACCAGCUGAAGGAAAGGGAGAACGUGUUACAAGAAGCUUCAGCUAAGCACCAGGACUUCCAGAAUACAUGCCAGUCCAUGAACUCCUUCCUGGACAACCUGCCAAAAAAUCAAAUAAAGCCCAGUGAUGAUCUGUCCGAGGUCUCUGCAAAGAAGAACUCCCAACAGAGAGUGGUGGACGACCUGAAGCGGAGAGAAGAGGACAUAGACAGAGUGGCUGGCCUUUCUCAUGACCUGCAGAAUCUACUCAAUGACUAUGAAGCUGAUGUCGACAAAUUCAAUGGUACACUUGAAGCUGCCGGUACACCUGUUCCGAAGAAGCCUCAAAUGCUGACACUCAGUGAUUCCAUUGACAAAGAGGAAAAAAAUCUGGCAAUGCGCUAUGCCGAAGCAAAAUCGGAAAACAUUCAACGGCAAAAACAGAUGGACCUGGCUCAGACUUUCCAUUUACAAAAUGAAGAAAAGGUUCAGAUGGUGGCACAGAAACAGGUGCAGCAGGAAAACCAGCAAAAAAGUGCCUUUGAAUUGGACAGCCUGGUUAAAGAACUAGAGGAAGAGAAGGAGAGGACAACCCAUGCUCAGACAGAGCUAAAAACCUUCAAAAGCAGAAUGAUGUCACUUAAGAGCCGCAGAGGAGUGGAACGUGUUGAGGAGAAAGAAGUCCUGCAGUACUACCGGGACCCUAAAUUGGAAGCUGAUCUGGCUGAGUUGAGAGACAUACUGGAUAAAGAAGCCAUGAAGCGUAGCUCCACCCAAACAGAGGUUGAGAUAAUAAAUGAGAGAAUUGUAUCUCUGGAGGACACCAUCAAGAAUAACCCCCCGAAGCUCCUGACUAGAGAGGUGACUGAGUUUGAAAAAGAUCCACAAUUGGAUGUCGAGGCUGCCAAGAUAAGGGAUGAAAUAGCUAGAAUGAGAGAUGAAAUCCGAGUUAGAGAUGGAGAGCAGAUUCAAAUGAAGACAGAGGUUUCAAUUCUCCAGCAGAAGAGGCCACCCAUCAAGGAGAGAGUGGUUAAGAAGGAGGUGGUGAAAGUAGAACAAGAUCCACAAAUGGUGAAAUCAUUAAGAAUUUUUGAGACUGAAAUUUCCGAUGAGAGCAAGAAGUGCACACUACUCAACGAUGAAAUCUUUCAGACAAGAAGUCAAAUUAAUGCUCUUGAAAGAAUGAUCCCCAACAUUCAGCCUAAAGUCAUCACAAAAGAAGUGAAAAAGAUUGAACAAGACCCCGACCUCAUUACAGAAUCAACCAAGCUGCGAACAACCUUAGAGGAAGAAAGAAUAGAAAACAGUUCUUUGUCUCAAGAAGUGAUGGACCUGCAAAGACGCUACAGAGAAGUUCAAGCUUUGAAGCCAAGAGUUGAGAUCAAAGAAAUCAUAAAUGAGCUUUACCGGAUCGACCCAAACACAGAGGUAGAGAUUAUGCGCCUUCGCAAAGAAAUACAGGAUACAAAUAAACAACGUGCAGAUAUAGAAAAAGAGACCAGACAAGUCAACACUGAUCUAAAUGCACUUUAUUCAGAGAAACCUAAAGUAGAGGUCAAAGAAGUUCUCCAAGAGGUGGUGAAGGAAGAAAGAAGCCCUGAAAACGAGCGAGAGAUCGCAAGGCUUAAUGAUCAGGUGAACCGCCUAGACAGCCAGUGUACCACCCUUGAAGAUCAAGUCAGACAACUGCGGCGAGAGAGAGAUGAAUGGAAGGCCGAAAAGUCAAAGAUAGAGACCCAGCUGGUGAACAAAGAGGUGAUCAAAUAUGAGCCCGAUCCACUGCAGGAGAAGGAAGCGGAGCGUUUGCGAAAAAAACUGAGGGAAGAAGCACAGUUGAGGAGAGACACAGAGGAGAUGGUUUUUGACCUUCAAAACAAAUACCUAAUGUUGGAGAGACAGAAACCAGAAGAGAAGGUUGUGGUGCAAGAGGUUGUGCGCCUCCAGAAGGACCCAAAGCUUGCAAUGGAGCAUGACAGGCUUAGUAGAAACCUGGAUGAUGAAGUAAUGAGUCGACGUCAGCUGGAUCUGGAGUUACAGCAACUGAGAACAAGGUUGGAAGACAAAGAGCGCAUUUUAAGGGAGAGUGAUGAGCACCAAAAAAGGAUUCAAGCUGAAUCUGAACUAAAAGAGAUCCGACUACGCAUCACUCAACUGGAAAAUGCCCCACCCCCAGUUGAAGAAAGUAUAGUAGUUGAGGAAGUAUUGAAGGUUGAAAGAGAUCCAAAACUGGAGAGAAUGACGGGUGGUGUACGGUCCGACAUGGACCAGGAAAGCAGAGAGAUCCUGCGUCUCCAGAGGGAAAUCCGGAAAAUCACAAUGAGGCUAGAAAUCCUGCAGAAAGAGAAGUCAGGUGAAAAGACAGUGUACAAAGAGGUGGUUCGUGUGGAGAAAGAUCAGGCUGUUGAAGCUGAAAGGGAUCAUCUUAGGGAGCAGGUGUCUCAGAACAAGUUUGCCCGACAAGACAUGGAAGAUGAAAUCAGACGUCUCAAUGACAAAAUUAAUGCUUUGAUGAGCUCCCAAUCUAACGUUUCAAGAGAUGAGACAAGUAUGCGUAUGAAAAAAGAGGCUCUAUUAAGAGACAACGAUGACCUCACCAGGGAAUUCAGAACUCUUGAAGCAAAGAAACGCGACACCAGCAUGUCUUUCCAGCAACAGAGCCGACUGAUGAGUGAAAAAACACAGAAGAGUAGGCAGAGAAGCGUUAAGAUGGAAUCAGACGUCCAGCGGUUGGAGAGGCAGAUCUUGGAAGAGAAAGAUAACAUUCAUCAACGAGACAGUAUAAUCCGUGAUUUGUUGAUGUACAUACAUAGAGAGGAUGACACAGAGACAAGGACCAAAGAAACCAAUGUCUCUACAAAAGUCACCGUUUUGGAUCCAGACACUGGCAAAGAAAUUUCUCCUUAUGAUGCCUACCUUGGGGGCAUGAUUGAUCGCCAGCAGUACAUUCACUUACAGGAGCUAGAAUGUGAUUGGGAAGAAGUAACUUCCACUGGUCCUGAUGGAGAAACAUCUGUCCUACAGGAUCGUACGAGUGGAAAGCAGUACCCUAUCAAAGAUGCUAUUAAGGAAGGAAGACUAACAGAAUAUGAUUUACAACAAUACAGAAAAGGGGAGCUUCCUAUCUCAGAGUUUGCCCUUCUUGUUGCAGGUGAUAAGAACAAGCAAUCCAAAUCAAAUUCAGUCACCAAAAAGCCAAAUUCAUCCGUCAAAUCACUACCCUUAGAUAUUAACUCCGCUAACGAAACACAACCAAUUGCUGGAAUAAUGGAUACGCAAACAGAUACCUGCUGUACAAUCCGUAAUGCCACCUGGCGCAAACUGAUUGAACCCAUGAGUGCCCAGAGGCUCCUGGAGGCUCAAGCAGCAACAGGCGGCAUCACUGACAUUAGCAACGGUGAGAGAUACAAAGUCAACAAAGCCUUACAAAGAGGUCUCAUUGAGGACAGCCAAGUCCAAAGGCUUCUUAAUGCAGAGAAAGCUUUCACUGGGGUCCAAGACCCCGUGACCAAAGAAUGUUUGUCUGUGGGAAAUGCUGUUCAGAGGGGCUGGACGCCAAAAGAUACGGCAAUUCGACACUUGGAGGCCCAGCACCUUACCGGGGGACUCGUGGAUCCCGCCACUGGACGUAGAGUGAGCCUUAUGGAUGCCAUUGGAUCAGGAAUGAUUGACAAUGCAAUCGCAAGGGAUCUCCAAAACGAGUCGGCCUAUGUCAAAGAUAUUGUAGACCCCAUCACAAAGGAGAAGAUCAACUACAAACAAGCUUUGGAUCGCUGUAAGAAUGACCCAACAACAGGUUUACCUAUGCUUCCUGCCUCCUCCAAAGUGUCUGAAUACAACUCUUCCAAAUAUGCACGUUUCUAGAGAGCUUUUCUCUUUGAAGUUUAUGCUAUGUGACAUGCUGCACAAACAUUUUUUUCUGUGCAAUAUCACAAGGGCUCAGGGAAUUCAUCUAUUUUUACAACAGGAUGAAUUUUACAGUCCGCAUAUUUUGCCAUACCAAAAUAAUUGCUGCUGAGUUACCUUUGUUUACUAAAUGUAUUGUGUGGGUAUAUUUGUUUUUGGUUACUUCUGUAUGAUUUAAUUGAAAAACAUAAAUUUUAGCUUUUUUGAUAUUGCAUUUGCUUGGGAUUUUGGGAAAUGGUGCAAUACCAUCUGCUAAGAUACAACGAAUUUAUGUAACUCAUUGCUGACUUUGAACCAUUUUUGACUGUUUGAUACUUUGUGAUGAAUUAAACAACAAUAAAAUUAAGUUAUGAUGGUUCAGGAGCA